AUGGCCUCCUCUGAAGGUACACUGACACCUGUGGAUUUCAUCCAGCUGCAGGAAUACAUGGAAUAUAGCACUUUGAGGGUGAAAGAUGUAAUGAAGGAGUUUGAAAGCGGGGGUCGGCUAAGCGAGCACGGCUCCGGCUCCGGCUCCGGAGAGUACGUGGACAAAGAAGGCUUCGGCCUCUUCCUCAAGACCUACCUAGAGGUGGAGCGGUUCCCCGAAGAGUUCAACCAGCACCUCUUCCGUUACUUCAAAAGCGUCGAGCCGGACGCCUCCGCUAAAGCCCAAUCCCAAGCCGAGGGUGGGGUGUUGCUCCGUGACGUGUCCUGUUACUUCUCACUUCUGGAAGAAGGCGAGCCGCGGGAGAAACUGGAAUUCACUUUCAAACUUUACGACAAAGAUGGUAACGGGCACCUGGACAGCGCCGAAGUGGAUCGGAUCGUCGCGCAGAUGAUGCGAGCGGCCGAUUACCUCGGCUGGGACGUGGCGGAGCUCAAAACUGUGCUGAAGGACAUGAUGAAAGCAAUCGAUAUGGACGACAGUGGUACCGUCACGCUGGAGGAAUGGCUGAAAGGGGGCAUGAACAAUGUGCCUUUGCUUGUUCUGCUUGGACUGAAGGUGCCGGAAAGGGACGGGCAGCAUAUUUGGAGACUGAAGAAUUUUAACAAGCCGGCUUACUGCUGCGUGUGUGAAAACAUGCUGCUCGGCCUGAGGAAGCAGGGACUCUGCUGCGUCCGUUGCAAGUAUACUGUCCAUAGUCAGUGUUCCAACAAGAACAGCGAACUCUGUGCUCCCACCUUUGUCAAAGCGAAACAUAAAUUGAGGGUGCCGUCUCACGACUGGAUCAGAUCCGACCGCAGCUCCAAGUGUCAAGUUUGCCAGAAGAAGAUUAAAACUUUAGCCGGAAGGCGUUGCGUGUGGUGCCAGCAGAUGCGCCACGAACAGUGCCUCUACACCGGAAUAUCCACCUGUGACUGUGGCCCGCUCAAAGAUCAUAUACUCCCUCCGUGGGCCAUAUACGGUCACCUUGAGGAAGCGGACGGCACCUUGCUGAACGUGGCUCCCGACGGCAACCUCUUACAGGUUGUCCCCAUUCCCGACAUUCAUCCACUGUUGGUUUUUGUAAACCCCAAAAGUGGAGGAAACCAGGGUGAGAGAGUUCUCUGUAAGUUUCAGCACCUUCUGAACCCACGUCAAGUGUACAACCUUUCAAACGGAGGUCCCUACCCAGGGCUGCAAAUCUUCCGUAAUCUUCGAGACUACCGGAUCCUGGCGUGCGGAGGAGACGGCACGGCGGGGUGGAUCCUGGAUGCCAUCGACAAGGCCGACCUCCGGGUGAAUCCCCAGGUAGCUAUCCUGCCUUUGGGGACCGGCAACGACCUGGCUCGCUGUCUCCGCUGGGGAGGAGGAUACGACGGCUCCGAUCUGACGGAGAUUCUGAAGCGGAUCGAGGCAAGCCGGGUGAUCCGCAUGGACCGCUGGAAGAUUCGGGUGACGCCGAAUGAUCCGGAUCAAGAAGGGGACCCUGUGCCCUACCAUAUCAUCAACAACUACUUUUCAGUGGGAUCAGAUGCGUCUGUUGCUCAUCGUUUCCACUCCAUGAGAGAGAAAUACCCUCGGAAGUUCAACAGCAGAAUGAAAAACAAGCUUUGGUAUUUGGAGUUUGCAACAAGUGAGACCAUCAGUUCCUCUUGCAAGAACCUUUCAGAGUGUCUUGCCAUUGAGUGCUGCGGACAACCUCUAAACCUGAGCGCGGCCUUCUCGUGCGUCGCCGUCCUCAACAUACCGAGCAUGUACGGAGGCUCUAACGUAUGGGGCGAGUCGACGGCGCCUGACGGUCCGUCACCCGCGCGGCGCGAUGAAGUCAUUACUGAUCCGGACGUUCUUAAAACAACGGCACAAGACAUGACCGAUAAGCGUCUAGAGGUGGUAGGCCUGGAAGGGAUGAUCGAAAUGGGACAGAUCUACACUGGACUGAAGAGCGCCGGGCACAGACUGGCACAGGCUUCCCAACUGACAAUUAGGACAUUUAAAGCCCUGCCCAUGCAAAUUGACGGGGAGCCAUGGAUGCAACCUCCUUGUACAAUCCACAUAACUCACAAGAACCAAGCUAACAUGUUAAUGGCUCCUCCGCCAAAGCCGUCCGGCUUCUUCCAGAAACAAAACAAAAGCAAUGGCGCGGCGCGGCGCGGCGCUGUGCAUGGGCGUUUGCGUCAGUGGAAUCCCAUCAAUGCGUCACUCAAACGACGUCAGUGGAAGCCGCGACGUGAUUGGCCGAGGACCGGAAAUUCGCCCUCCUCUCCUUCCACUCUUUUCGGCGCGGUCCCGCCUCGCGGUCUCCACAGCGUGAUAAAACAACGAGCGCACGAAGAGUCGCGCGUGGUUCUCAACUGA